UAUUUUUAGCUUAUACAAACAAAGAGUUUUCAAGAAGGGGCCAAGAUGAUGAGGACCCAGAAAAGCGUGGGUCAAAAUUAUCAUCGCCGUACAAAUGGUUGAGCAACUUUCACCAUGAUCUACUGGCGGGGGUGGCUAUGGGCGGUGUAGUGCACACGAUUGUGGGCCCAAUCGAGGGAACGAAAUUGUUGUUGCAGACCCAAGACAGCAGCCUGGCCAUUGUUGGGAGUGGAUGAAGAAAAUCUAAGGGUAUGCUUGAUUGUAUUGUCCGUAUAGUCCAAGAAGAAGGCCUUUUAUCUCUUUGGGGAGGCAAUGGCAGUAGUGUGCUUCGUUAUUACCCUUCAGUUGCGCUUAGUUUCUCUCUUAAGAUCCUGUGUAGAAGGUGAGGUAUUUUAUAUACCUGGGUUGCACAUAUAUUUACACAAUUUCGUACUCAGUAUCCAUCUGUGGGUAUUUGAGUUUGCAGAUUCCAACAGACUGGAGAGUGAUCUUGAAGAGUUGAAUUGCUCUUUGGAUUUAGUUGCAUCACCUUUGGGUCAGGGGAAGGCUAUAGAGGAUCCACAUGCUGAUUGCUAUAAAGAUGGAGAAGAUCAAUCAGAUAUGGUAAAAAUUCACGAAGACCAGAAAUUUGAGAAAGAAUUUGGGCUUAGUUGGGGGAACUUAUGGCAGCUUACUUUUUAUUUUUAAAUGUUGGAGAUGCUAGUAGGUUUUCUAUGGGAGAUGUCCACGAGGGGAGGGCCCUUUAAGGGUUGCAUUUUAUGAUCUCUGUUAUGUUGCUAGGAGAAGAUUUGCUAAUAUGGUUUUAUAUUUGGUUUGUCGUUUUAUCCAUAAUUGUUGAUUUAUGUGUAAGACAAAUAGGAACAUAUGUACUUUUUCCUUUUGGCUAUUUUACUGGUGGGUAAUAAGCCCUUUUUUGUGUACCUUCCAGCUUUUAGAACUUGAAAGUGAUAUUGAAAAGAAUAAUGUAAAAACUUUGAACUCCUUGCAAAUCUCAAUUCUAUGUACAAAUUGUAGUGACCUGCUUGAAUGUUGUACUGACUACCAAGUUUGUGGACCUGCAGUGGCCCCAAGUUCUAGAUUUUGUGACUUGUAAGAAAGGUUGAUGAUCUCCUUGUCAAAAAAGAAGUUAUUGAUUUUCUUGGUCAUAGUUAUUGAUAUCGUAACUAACAUAGUACUGUGACUUAAAUUAAAUUAUUGAAUCCUGCCCUCAUUAUAUGCUGUUUU